GAGGACGGGGCGCUGGACAAAGAGCUGGCGAGGGAGGGCGUUUGCCAGCGGAUGGGGUGCGUGGGCGGUGCGCGCACUUCCCGGGGCUCAGCUCCAGACCUGGUGGCACGCAGUGGCCGCAGCCCGGCCCCUCUAGGCCAGGAGUGGCAGCUCCAGGGAGCUCAGUAAAGCCAGGCGGGAGAAGCCCAGGCCAGGGCCUGGACGUUAGAGUUGGUGGGAGGAGGCGAGCAAAGCUGUCAAACUGCGCGCGGAGCCGGGCGCGGGGCGGGGGAGGGGAGGGGACGGGAGGGAGGGGCGGGCGGGAGCCGGGAGGGAGCAAGCGGGCUCGCCGCGCCUGAGCAACCCCCGCCUGUCGCUGCCGCUGCCGCUGCCGCUGCCGCCGCCCGCUGGCCCGGACUCGCCCGGAGCGCAGGGUGUCUGUCUGCCCAGCUGCGUGCGGUGCGCCGAGGCUCCAGUGUCCACCGCUGCGCCCUCCAGCCCCUGCUGCUCGCGCCGGCCCGCGUGUGUCCCGGCGGGCGCGAACCCACCAUGCAGCUGCAGUUCCGGAGCUGGAUGCUGGCCGUGCUCACGCUGCUCGUGGUCUUCCUCAUCUUCUCAGACAUCUCGGAGAUCGAAGAAGAAAUCGGGAAUUCGGGAGGCAGAGGUACAAUCAGAUCAGCUGUGAACAGCUUACAUAGCAAAUCUAAUAGAGCUGAAGUUGUAAUAAAUGGCUCCUCAUCACCAGCUGUUGUUGACAGAAGCAAUGAAAGCAUCAAGCACGACAUCCAGCCAGCCUCGUCCAAAUGGAGACAUAACCAGACGCUGUCUCUGAGGAUCAGGAAGCAGAUUUUAAAGUUCCUGGAUGCUGAAAAGGACAUUUCGGUCCUAAAGGGAACCCUGAAGCCCGGAGACAUUAUUCAUUACAUCUUCGAUCGAGACAGCACCAUGAACGUGUCCCAGAACCUCUACGAGCUCCUCCCCAGGACUUCGCCGCUGAAGAACAAGCACUUUGGGACUUGUGCCAUCGUAGGCAACUCGGGGGUCUUGCUGAACAGCGGCUGUGGGAAGGAGAUUGAUGCCCACAGCUUCGUCAUCAGGUGCAACCUGGCCCCAGUACAGGAGUACGCCCGGGAUGUGGGGCUCAAGACAGACCUGGUAACCAUGAACCCCUCCGUCAUCCAGCGCGCCUUUGAGGACUUGGUCAAUGCCACAUGGCGGGAGAAGCUGCUGCAGCGGCUGCACAGCCUCAAUGGCAGCAUCCUGUGGAUCCCUGCCUUCAUGGCCCGGGGCGGCAAGGAGCGUGUCGAGUGGGUCAACGAGCUCAUCCUGAAGCACCACGUCAACGUGCGCACUGCAUACCCCUCGCUGCGCCUGCUGCACGCCGUUCGUGGGUACUGGCUGACCAACAAAGUCCACAUCAAAAGACCCACCACUGGCCUCUUGAUGUACACCCUGGCCACACGUUUCUGCAACCAAAUCUACCUCUACGGCUUCUGGCCCUUUCCGCUGGAUCAGAACCAGAACCCAGUCAAGUACCACUAUUACGACAGCCUCAAGUAUGGCUACACCUCCCAGGCCAGCCCCCACACCAUGCCCUUGGAGUUUAAGGCCCUCAAGAGCCUACAUGAGCAGGGCGCUUUGAAACUGACUGUCGGCCAGUGCGAUGGGGCCACGUAAGGUGGGCGCCCUGUGGGACUCAGUGGCUCACAUUUCCUGCCAGCUACACCACAGGCAGAUGGGAGUCGGGGUGGCACAAACAAUAGAACAAGCAGGCUAGUGGUUUUCUUUGUUAAAGUGUAAAACAGUGACCAGAAUAUAUAUAUCUAUACCUGCAUAUAUAUAUUGACCUGAGUAUUUAUAACUGUGUGGUGUUCAUCUAGCAUUAGGCAGAUAGGCCACAGGAAGAAGGUGUGGAGAACCCACCUGAACCAGGUUGAGACUCAGUCCAUCUUUGGGGGUGGAAGGACUUGACAUGACAAGAAGCCAAUCCCAUGACUUUGGAUGACAAACUGCCUCCUGGUUUCGAGGGAUCUUUGGGCUCAUGGAUGAAUGGAGAGCCACCUGUUGUCAGCUGCCCCAAGCCUCUGGGUUACAUGGAUUCGGGGAGAGCCAAGGCCCAGAGGGGACACUUGACCCAGUCUAAAGUGGGUGCUGUUCACGGAGGAGAGGGAGGUUGGACAGUUCGACCGGGCAGAGGAUUACAAGGAAACCAAGCAGCAGAGGCCCCAUCGGCACAGAGGGCCUCGUUCCACGAACUUAGGGUUUGACUGCCCAAGGGACAAACCACGAUCGACUCAAACGUCUCAGACAGACCUCCAUGGCUAUGAGAGAAGGUUAGAGAAGACACAAUGGACAGUUCAUAUUUUGGCUUAGCAAGAACCACCAAGAACUUCGGGUGACACAAGCAGAUGACACUGAAGAGGUGGAAUGUUCUGAAUCACGUUUUUGAAAAAAAUCUAGACCUCCUGCAAGAUCUAGGGCCCACUCGACCCUAGAAUAAGGCAGGGGAGUGUCUACAAUCUAGUUGUGUUUGGUAUUUUUUAAAGCAACAUGAGUCCACCAAGGAAGAAAAGACCCUGGGAUUUCACCUUCUGAGUUAGUUUCCGUCUCACCCUGUUAGAAUGUCACAUGAGGGACGGUACUGUCCCCUCUGCCAACAGGGAAGCCACCAUGAGAGCUUGAAAGGGUGCUGUCAGGAUAAAUGUCAUCCUUCUUAACAUACAUAGGAUUGCCUUUUGGGGUGCCUCACAGAGCCUCAGAGUGUGAGACCUGAAAGAAUGUGAAGCAUCUAGCUCCAAGUCCCUGCAGCCACCCGCUAUUUACCUUCUGCAUUCUGCACUCCGCAGGACCUCUGCAGCCAGACUGCUGUGUCAAUGUCACUUUCUUGUCACUUUCCUACCCUGAUGGUCACAGUAGCCCACACCAAACUCCAGCAUUGAGGUUUUCAAUUCUGCAGGGAGAGGUUCCAACGUCCACCCCACCUCCAUGCACCCCCCUCUCCCCAGAAACAAUGAUUUUAGAAUUUUUCAAAAUCCCUUUUUCCUCCUAUUGAGAUUAAUAGUACGAUUUUAAAAAAGAAUGUCCAAAGCCAAAUGUGACUCCAAAUAGUGGGCAUAACCUCCCAGAAAAAUCUGGGCUGGAUGCCUGCAACUUAGGGGCUGGAAUCACAGGUCACACAUAGAGAAACAUUAGCCGGCUUGAUUCAUUAGACGUAUUCCUUUGCCUGAUAAAUAACUGUGUUUUAAAAUAUAUUUGAAGGGUAAGUAAAAACCUAUCUUGAAGGUGAAGGGAGUUAAGAAAACAAUCAAGUCCUGCUCCUAAGCAUAUGAGACCGGACAUAAUUAAUCAAUGCCAGUGCAGAACAGGACCCUGACUCUAAAUUAAUGGUUGACCGGGAGGGAAUGGAGGCAGCAGAACCAUUAACCCCACACUCGAACGCUCCAGCCCAAAGCCGUGAGGGUGAUGAUACAUCUCUGCAUUUUCCCUUGUUGUUGCUUGAAGUCGGUGAUGGGGGAUUUACAUUAUAAAAUGAAUAUUUUACAAAGGAACAGCCCUAAUAGCUUCUGUGGGAGCUGAGUGGUUUCGGACUUUUCACAGGCGGUGGAAACAAUUUGUAUCAUAUUUUAUACGUCUCCAGAGCCUUUCAUCUUGAGGAUCUCAAAGACCCUAGAAGACAUUUAAUUUCUAAAGCUUGAAGUGACCUGGGGAGUGGGUAGAAUUUCUAGCAGGGGCUUGAGGGAUUAACCAAGGCCUUGGAUUCCAGAAUGUCUCAUGGCAAGCGCUGCUGGGAACUCAUGUGUCAGUUUCCAGAGUUGGCCCUGAGCUCCGUCCACCAAGCCAGCACCGCACCCUCCCUUGGCAGGAGAGUCAAAGGGCCAGAAGUCUUUGGGAGUCCAGAACAUGCUUUCCUUUCCGCCUGUCACAGUCCUGGCUCCUUAAACUGAAGCUGAUGUGAGCUGGAGAGCAAGGAGACCUUCCACCCUGCCUUCGGGUUCUCUCUGGAGAAAGGUUGGAGACCCCAGGAAAAUCAACAGGUGCACUGUUCCCCCACUCGGCAUGAGUCCUGCAGUGCCAAAAUGCCUUGGCCAUGUGAUGGCGGAGCUCCAGGAGCCUUGGCGUUCACUGGCUCAUUGUCCUCCUCCAUCUGGGCAUGCACAGUCAGGGGCCAGUCGUCCUUUCCUGCCCAUUCAGAGUUCAAUUUGAGCCUCCACUGCUGUUCCUGGUGUGGGCCAGCUGACCUUGGGUGACCCCAGGGAGUCGCACAGCCUGUACCCGGCCCCCAGAUCUGCUGCUGUAACUGCAGGGUCACAGGCACCCUGGGAGAAUGGGCCUCUAGCCUCAGCCAGCUCUCACUGCUGACAGGCACCCGUCUGUCACCUCCUGCCACCUGUCAGAUGCCCAGUCUGCCUGCCAUCACCCACCCAAGCACUUCCAACUACAUUCUCCCCAAGUCUCAACAUGCCCCCAUCAUUCUCCUACUUCAUGGAAGAGGCAGAGCCUUCUGAAAUGAGAUCUGCCCCUAAAAUCUCCUCUUCUUCCUCCACUUUCUGAGGAAACGUUGUCCCCACCAGUUACAUUUCCUGUACGCCCUCACUCUCUCUCCUUCACCUCUGUUGCCUCUGCCCAUCAGCACACACUCACUCCACCGUGCUGGCCUUUUCCCUCACUUCCUUCUCCACCAGCCCCAGGAAGGGCCUCCAGCACUCACGACUGCCCUCCCUCUUGAGGCCCCUCAGCUUCCCCCAGCUCCUGGCAGCAGUGUCCCAGCGCCGACGCACAUCUUACCUCCCAGCUCUCUACGCCACUUGGCUCGGCAUCGACUCCUCCUGGACACCCCUGGCCCCACAGCACCCAGAAUGCCAUGUUCUUGUGUUUCUUCUCCUUUUCCAAUCCCUCUCAGCUAUGUAUAUAUUUAUAUAUGUAUUUAUUUAUUUAUGAUUUAUUUAUUGACACCCCUACUUUGAUCAACAAAGAAAUCAAGGUAGAUCUGACCAGUAUUCCCCCUCUUCUCCUUGCCCCACCACAUGGACAUGCCUUAACUGGCAUCCUCUCCUGGAUCUGCCUGCACGCUCCAUCAGCAGCCUCACAUCUGCCUUUAGACCAGGCCGCACCUUUCUAAGCUGCCGCCACCCCAACCCUCUCCUGAGCUCCAGGCUGGGAUUGCACCUGCUAGGGGAACACUCACCCCAUCUGCUCUCAUAGCAGCACCAUCAACUCAACAUGUCAGAAAGCCAAGUGGAUCAUCUGUGUCCCUUCCCACAAUCCCUCCUUUUUCUACUGAAAGACCCGUGAUCCCAUCAGCCACCCAGUCUGAGACGCUGACGUCAUCUUCGACUCUCCUCCCACGUUCUGCCUUGCUAGUCUUCCCGCUAGCACUAACCUCACCUCUUUGUCAUUUGACUAUUUCAGCAACAGUCUCACCUCCCAGAUUACCUCUGUGCACGCUGACACAUUGUCCAGUCCAUCCUGACAUGCACGGUGAUUUUUAUCUCCCGUUGCACACAAACAUUUAAAGUUCCCCGGCCCAUGAACAAAUGUACAAUUCUCUGUUUUGACAUUACAGACCACCAGGUAAGGCCCCGUUCUUCCUUUCCACCCUCCCCUGGCCAGCAUAGGAGAGCUGUUUUCCCUGGAAAGGGUGCCUGCGUUUUCCUGUCUCUGUGCCUUUGGUCUUGCUGUUCCCAUCCCCUGGAAUGCUCCCUUUUCUUCCCUUCAAAGCUCAUGCAGAAACCACGUCUUUCAUGAAGCCCUCCCUGAUCUACCAACCACUGGGAUCUCUCCCUCUGCUGAACCACCGUAGCACUUUAUUUGUACCUUUCUCAUGGCACUUACCAUAUUCUGCCUUGUAUUAUAGUUAUUUGUGCACUUGUCCUAUGACUGUUCUUAGACUGUAAGCUCGCCAAGGGCAGGGACUGUGUUUUGUUCACCUGUAUCCAUCACAGCACUAGGCGUGGUGCAUAGCACACAGCAGUUCCUCAAUAAAUGUUUGUUGGAUUAAAUCCUUAA